AUGAGCCGCCUUCCUCAGGCACUUGCAUUCAUUCCAAGCCUGCUCAGUGUGACUGCCGCGCAAUCUUCCGAUGAUGCAUUAUGGCCCCAGCAAAGCUACAAGAGCUCCUCAAUCCAGACUCCAUUCAUGAACGUCACGAAAAUGGGCCAAACGGAACCAGGAUUCUUGUUCCUCUCCCCAGAAGAUAUAAUCCGAGGAACCGGCUACCCAGCGAUCUACUCAGACGACGGCCAACUAGUAUGGCAAGGCGCCAAUGGAAACUACUCGGCACUACAACCACAAAUACUAAACGGAGAGCCGGUAAUCGCCUACUGGGCCGGAUAUGUUGGUGAUGGAUUCGGAUUUGGCCACAUCAGCAUCUUAAACAGCUCGUACGAUGAGAUCCACCGCGUCACAAUUGAUUGCAAGGAGCAGAAUUUCCACACCGUGUUUGAGCCAAUGACAUUCAACUCUUGCAUUGAUAUCCACGAGAGCCAGAUUACCGACAACGGCAACAUUCUCGUCACCGCGGUGAAUGUUACUCAGGCCGAUUUGAGCUCUAUUGGCGGGCCCAAGGAUGGCUGGAUCCAGGAUGGGCUUGUCUAUGAGAUUGAUAUCGCAACCAACGAGAUCCUUUUCAGAUGGAGUGCCCAUGAGCAUAUAAAUCAGGUUCCUCUGAGUGAUGUUCGUGCUCCGCUUCACGGCUCCGGGGGUUCGGGUGUCAAUUCGACAUAUCCGUUUGGGUACCCGCAUCUGAAUUCCAUCGACAAGUACGGCGAUAACUACCUAGUAUCGUCGCGGUACAUGUGUAGUGUUUUCUUCAUUGCUCCCAAUGGAACGGUUAUCUGGCAUUUGCAUGGCCGAACCGGUGGCGACUUUACACUGGGGCUCGGAACGAGCUUCUGUUACCAGCACGAUGUGCGCUUCGAGUCGCAAAGUCCUGAGCGUGUAACACUGAGUAUGCACAACAACGACAAUACCGAGUUCACCGGCCAUACGUCACUCACCACGGGCCUGGUACUGGACGUCGAGCUACAAGGCUCGAAAGAGGUUACGCUCGUUAAUCGAAUGUGGGAUGCUGCAGAGCCCGUAUACGCCGAGUCUCAGGGUAGCUACCAGCUUCUUGGAAACGGACACAUCUUGCAGGAUCAUGGCGCAACUCCCAAGAUUGAAGAGUAUGAUGAGAAUGGUACUAUUGUGAUGCGGGCUCGUUUCGGAUAUGACAACACCAUGCAGACUUAUCGCACGUACCGGUAUCCCUGGGUUGGGUGUCCGUCUACGAAGCCUGAUGUUUUGGCGUGUCCUGGUAGUAAGGGUGGGAAGACGGCUGUCUAUGUGAGUUGGAAUGGAGCUACGGAUGUGCAGUCGUGGAAGGUCUAUUCUGGAUCCAAGGUUAGCAAGACUGCCUUGCGGAAUGGGUUUGAGACUACUGUUAUAGUGGAUGGAAUUUCGGAUGGCGAUUCGGUGGUUGUGGAAGCUGUAGGUGGCGUGGGUGAUGGCACAAGAUCUGAGCCUGUCACUGCUGGCCAGGGUUGCUGA